UAUUCCCUCAAUUUUGAUGAUGUGACAUGCUACUAUUAUUCGUUCUCAGAGAGAGAUAAGCAGAGUUUGGCCCGUGGAUAAGCAAUCGUAAUCACGGUUAUCACACCACAAGCGUAACAAAGUUGACCAUUUACAUCGCUCGUAAUGAACAAUUCCACCCACAUAACAAACCUAAAUGUUAAACCGACAAGUGAAGCUGAAUCUACUGACACUCAAUGGCUGGACAUUUUACAGUUCACACUGUUUGCGGUAAUAUUCACUUUGAGUGCCACAGGAAACACUUUAGUUUGCUUGGUAGUGGCUCGAACACGACGCAUGCGUACAACGCGUAAUUAUUUGCUUGUCAACCUUGCGGUGUCGGACCUGACAGUUGCCUUGUGGUGCAUACCAUUUGAUAUGGUGGUGAAAAUAGCUGCCCCUGAAUGGCCGCUUGGUGCUGCCAUGUGUAAGUUACUGUGGCCUUCUAUGACGCUUGUUACCAACUCUUCUGCAGCUACACUUGCAGUCAUUAGUUAUGACAGAUAUCGAGCAGUAGUACGACCUAUGAAAGCUCGCUUCACAACUCGUCAAACGGGCCUCAUCAUUGGGGCGAUUUGGAUCAUCUCUCUAUUGCUGGUACUACCUUACGUUUUUGCUUUGGGAAUUAUCGAGAACAAUUGCACUGAAAAGUGGUCAAGUGAAAGCACCAGGAAAAUUUACACUGUUGGAUUAUUUGUAUUUCAAUAUGCUUUACCUUUAACGAUUAUUGCGGCUGCCUAUAUCAAAGUCGUGCUCAGACUUCGACAACAGGCCGAGCGAAUGGCGAGGAACUACGAAUUUUCGUUAAGACCGCCCUCACCAACACCUCUUCGCCAUGACAGCUGGAACCUCAAGAGUAACCUUUCUCCUAAGACACGUAACACCUUAACCGUAUCGCCUCCAAAUCACGAAAAGAAAUUAUUUCUUAAUGCGGAUGCAGGCAAAAAGAAUCAUCUUGGGAGAAAUCUUCUUGCUGUGCAGAUGUGUGACAUUGCUUCCCCACUACCACCAAGGAAAUUACUUUCCAGGCGCGAUAAUGAGAAGAAGCAGUACCCGGAUAGAUUUGGCAGCGGCCGGAUAAAAGAGGCAAGACGACUAGAGCACAAUACAAAGGUCGUAAAGAUGCUUGUAUCAGUGGUUCUUUUGUACGCCAUUUGUCUGUUGCCAAACCAGAUUGCUUGGUUGUGGUACGAGUUUGGGUCGGGUCAGAGCUGGCCGCACAUUAAUGAGCUGCUUAUAUUUGGAAGUCUUAUGGUGUAUAUAAAUAGUUCUGUAAAUCCUUUACUUUAUGCUGGAAUGAAUGAGGAAUUCAGAAAAGGAUUCAUUGAUAUCAUAAAAUGCCAAUGGCGGAGACAACCUGAACUAGUUUAGCUUUGAUUUGGAACAAUGCUUGAGAAAGCUCAUUACUUCUAACUUAUGUAAUUUGUAAAGUGUCUAUUUUCAUGUAAUUUAGAGAAGGAUUUUAUAAACUGAGGUUAUGGAUUGAAAAUCAAAAAGAAUUAUAAUUAUUUAACCUCGCAAUGGUUGCAUCCACUGCUGAUAGAGUUUUUUAGUGCCUCAGAAUGGGAAAAAAGCCUAUAUGACUACGGAACGUGUCGACGGAGUAGC